AUGGAGAGCGGCACCAGCAGCCCUGAACCCCUGCCCUCGGAUCCCCUUGAGGCAUUUCCCCAGAAGAGCCUGGAGCCAGCUGACAUUGCAGUGCUUGUCCUGUACUUCCUCUUUGUCCUGGCUGUUGGACUAUGGUCCACAGUGAAGACCAAAAGAGACACCGUGAAAGGCUACUUCUUGGCUGGAGGGAACAUGGUGUGGUGGCCAGUGGGUGCAUCUCUGUUUGCCAGCAAUGUUGGAAGUGGACAUUUCAUUGGCCUGGCAGGGUCAGGUGCUGCUAUGGGCAUUUCUGCAUCAGCUUAUGAACUUAACGGCAUAUUCUCCGUGCUGAUGUUGGCCUGGAUCUUCCUCCCUAUCUACAUUGCUGGCCAGGUCACCACGAUGCCAGAAUACUUAAGGAAACGCUUUGGCGGCACCAGGAUCCCCACCACCCUGGCUGUACUCUACCUGUUAAUGUACAUCUUCACCAAGAUCUCGGUGGAUAUGUAUGCAGGCGCCAUCUUUAUUCAGCAGUCUUUGCACCUGGACUUGUACCUGGCCAUAGUUGGGCUAUUGGCCAUCACGGCUCUAUACACCAUCACAGGUGGCCUGGCUGCUGUGAUCUACACGGAUGCUGUGCAGACGAUGAUCAUGCUUACGGGGGCACUCGCCCUGAUGGGCUACAGUUUUGAUGCAGUUGGUGGGAUGGAAGGCUUGAAGGAGAAGUACUUCUUGGCUCUGGCUAGCAACCGGACUGAGAACAGCAGCUGUGGGCUGCCCCGAGAAGACGCCUUCCAUAUUUUCCGAGACCCAGUGACCUCUGAUCUCCCGUGGCCUGGGAUCCUGCUUGGAAUGUCCAUCCCCUCCCUCUGGUACUGGUGCACGGAUCAGGUGAUUGUUCAACGGUCCCUGGCUGCCAAGAACCUGUCCCAUGCCAAAGGAGGCUCUCUGAUGGCCGCAUACCUGAAGUUGCUGCCCCUUUUCAUGAUGGUGUUCCCUGGAAUGAUCAGCCGUGUCCUCUUCCCAGACCAAGUGGCUUGUGCAGAUCCAGAAAUCUGCCAGAAGGUCUGUAGCAACCCCUCCGGCUGCUCUGACAUCGCAUAUCCCAAACUUGUACUGGAAAUCCUACCCACAGGGCUCCGUGGGCUCAUGAUGGCUGUGAUGGUGGCGGCGCUCAUGUCCUCCCUCACCUCCAUCUUUAACAGCUCCAGCACCAUCUUCACCAUGGACCUCUGGAACAUUUUGCGACCUCGGGCAACUGAGAAGGAGCUCAUGAUUGUGGGCAGGGUGUUUGUGUUGCUGCUGGUGUUGUUCUCUAUCCUCUGGAUCCCUGUGGUUCAGGCCAGCCAGGGUGGCCAACUCUUCAUUUAUAUCCAGUCCGUCAGCUCCUACCUGCAGCCGCCUGUGGCUAUUGUCUUCAUCAUGGGAUGUUUCUGGAAGCGGACCAAUGAAAAGGGUGCCUUCUGGGGCCUGGUCUUGGGCCUGCUCCUAGGCUUCAUUAGGCUGGUCCUGGACUUCAUUUACCUGGAACCUCGAUGUGACCAGCCAGAUGAGCGCCCCACAGUGGUGAAGGACAUCCACUACCUCUACUUCUCCAUCAUUCUGUCCACGGUCACCCUGGUCAUCGUGUCCACCGUGAGCUGGUUCACAGCGCCACCCUCCAAGGAGAUGGUCAGUGGCCUGACCUGGUUUACUCAUCAUGACCCUGUGGUCCGGAAGGAACAGGUGCCACCUCUGCCUCUUACCCUCCCUCAGAAUGGGACACCGGAGAGUAGCAGCACCAGCAUCCAGCUGGAGAUUGUUCAAGAAAACAUGUCCCAAACCCACAGCUGUGCUGUGACCCCAAAGCAGUCCAAAGUGGUGAAAGCCAUCUUGUGGCUGUGCGGGAUGGAAAACAAGGGCAAGGAAGAGCCCAUGAGCAAAGUGGAACCUGUCAUAACUUUCUUGGAAGAAAACCCCUUCGUGAAAACCCUCCUGGACAUCAACCUCAUUAUCUGCAUUAGCUGCGCCAUCUUUGUCUGGGGCUACUUUGCUUAA